AUGACCUCCUCACCCGCCCUCCGCGCCUCCCUCAGCAACGCCUCCGGCGUAGCAGCGGGCACCACAUUCGCCAGUCCCGCCUCGCCAGGCACGCGGGGCAAAGAAGAAGACCCCGAUCGCGCGGCCUCACCAGCUUUGAACCUGGGCCCAGCCUACCGACCCUCGUCGGAGAAGCCCACGGCGACGGUAUCGCGGCCAGCCGAAAGCCCCAACGUGCACAUCCUCCCCCAGACGCCGCAGCUCAUCGCGCUGCUAACCAUGAUCCGCGACAAGAACACCGCGCGGGCCGACUUCAUCUUCUACAGCAACCGCAUCAUGCGCCUGCUGGUAGAGGAAGGGCUCAACCACCUCCCCGUCAACACGCACACCGUCACCUCCCCCGUAGGCAAGGACUACGUGGGCGUGGCGUUCCAGGGCCAGAUCUGUGGCGUCAGCAUCAUGCGCGCGGGCGAGUCUAUGGAAACGGCGCUCCGCGAGUGCUGCCGUAGCGUGCGCAUCGGCAAGAUCCUCAUCCAGCGCAACGACGAGACGGGCAAGCCCAAACUCUUCUACGAUAAGCUGCCGCCUGACAUCAAGGACCGCUGGGUGUUGCUGUUGGAUCCCAUGCUUGCCACGGGCGGCUCGGCGAUCAUGGCCGUCGAGGUGUUGAAGAGCAAAGGCGUGCCGGAGGAGAGGAUUCUGUUUUUGAACCUCAUCGCGAGUCCCGAGGGCGUCAGGCGCUUCAACGAGGAGGUCCCCAAGGUCAGGGUCAUCACGGCGUUUGUGGACCAGGGCUUGAAUGAGAAGCUAUUCAUCGUGCCCGGCCUGGGUGAUUUCGGAGACCGCUACUUCACGGUAUGA